UACAAAACCCAAACCUGUCCAAGAUCCUGAAUCAAAAGAAAGUCCAACAGCUAGCUACACAGAAAAAGCUAAACAAAAUGAGACAUCUGAUGAAAAUCCCUCACAUGUGUCUAAUUCUAAUCAGGAUUCAACACCGCGAAAGAAGACUACACCUGAUCUACUGAAAACACCCCCUAAGGAAAAGCCUAAAACCAGACAGAACAUCCUUACAAAACCCAAACCUGUCCAAGAGCCUGAAUCAAAAGAAAGUCCAACAGCUAGCUACACAGAAAAACCUAAACAAAAUGAGACAUCUGAUGAAAAUCCAUCACACAUGUCUAAUUCUAAUCAAGAUCCAACACCAGGAAAGAAAACCAUGCCUGAGACCAUGAAAACACCCCCCAACCAAAAGCCUAAAACCAGACAGAACAUCCCUACAAAACCCAAACCUGAUCAAGUGCCCAACCAACCAAGACAUACAAAACCUGGGACAAGCUUCAAGCCAAAACCGAAUGUAAGGCCCAAAACUGGCCCCAAACCACCAGAAACCAGUCACAACUUUAAAACACCUAAGCUUGGAGAAACGCCUAAUCUGAAUGCCAAGCCUGCACCUCGGGCAGAGUCCAAUAGAACGUCAAAACCAAGGCUUCCCUUCAUUUACCAACCACGAAGCAUGCCUACAGUUAGGCCAGGAGCACCACCAGUUCAAAGGCCAAAACCAGCAGUGCAACCAAAGCUAAGUCCAAAGACCAAAACAGAUCCACCUAACAUCAGCUGGACUACUUCAGAUCACACCCAAACCUCUCAAAUCAACACGCCUUCUACAUCUGGCCCCAUAAAGCAUACUGUUGAAGUGACUCAUUCCCCAGGGGACAGAGAGUUCAAUCCCAGUCUAAGGAAAACUGUCACUCCAGGUCCAAAGACCUCCAACAGUCUGGAAAAUGGAGCCUUCCCUCACCUUCAAAGUCAGCCUGAAGAUUCCAGUAUGAGCCCAAACAACAGGAUUGUGUCUGAUCUGAGGCCACAAACAGCCAGUCAACCAGCAUCAAUCCCAAUGACAACAAAACCAAACAAAAUCAUCAGUGGGAUCCUCACAAGUGUUAUCCCUAGCACCACUCCAGGAUCCUCAAAGUCAAAGACAAAUUCUGGCUCAGACACACAAACUGAGAAACAUCACAAGAUGGAAGAAAUAGCUCCUGCAUUCUCUACAUCUCCUUCUCCCAUAUCUCACACUAUCUCUCCACCCAGCCCUGACUUCAGGUCAACAACUGCGACCACCCCUGGCCCCAAGCACCCUGAGCUCGCUGCCGAGGCUUCCACUCCCAGUGCACGUGAGUUACGAGUGAAAAUCAACCAGGUGGCUGCUUUCUUCAAUAACAGCCUGAGUCCUAAUGGCAGACCACCAAACAUACACCACAAAGACCACUCAGAAGAGAACCAGGGAGGCAUCAGGCCUGACAACACGGACGGCAAACUGCCAACAGACAAACCACCUAAAGUUACCAUGCUACCGAGAGACUGCUCAGAUCACCUGCUCAGGGGAAAAACAAAAAGCGGGCUUUACCUGGUGACCCCUGACCUCCGCACUAGUAGCUUCUCGGUGUACUGCGAGAUGGAGCAGGAGGGUGGAGGGUGGACCGUCCUGCAGCGCCGCCAGGACGGCAGCGUGAACUUCAACCGCACCUGGGCAGAAUACCAAUCCGGCUUCGGGGACCUUGACAGAGGGGAGUUUUGGCUGGGCAACAACAUCAUUCACCUGCUGACCCGCGACAGGGAGAUGGUGCUGCGGGUGGAGCUGGAGGAUUUUGACGGGUUGACGGGGUAUGCGCAGUACGAGCAGUUCAAGGUGGCCAGCGAACGCCUGCGCUACAGACUGACAGUAGGCAGUUACUCGGGCACCGCAGGUAAUGCUCUCCGCUUCAGCAAAAAGUACGAUCACAGCAACAGGGCGUUCACCACGCCGGACAGGGACCACGACCGCUACCCCUCCGGGAACUGCGGGGCCUACUACAGCUCCGGCUGGUGGUUUGACGCCUGCAUGAGCGCAAACCUUAACGGGAGAUAUUACGACGGGAGGUACAAAGGUGUGCGGAAUGGGAUUUUCUGGGGGACAUGGCACAACAUAUUAUCAGAGUACUACCCCACCAAUGAGAGACAGUCUUUUAAGAGAGUGAGGAUGAUGAUCAGACCUAAAGACUUUGUGCCAUAA